CUGUGAGGAGCAGCGUCGUGUCAUGAGAAAGGAGGCGGAGGACGACUGGAUGCGUGUCUGACGUCCGAUCUUGUCUGUCCUUCUCCGGCUCUCCCACGUUCAUGAUCAGACACGCUAACACACUUUGACACACGCGCACACACGCACAAACACACGCCCCCCAAGCACCACAUCGCUCGCUCUCUUCGAUCACUCACGCAACACACGCUCUUUUUUUUCUCUUGUCUUCUGACGUCGAGCCCUGCCCUCCUCAGCACGAAUCCUCGCAAGCCCGUCCGCUUCUCCAUCAUCCCCCUGCUUGUCUUUUCUUUUGGCUUGCUGGGCUUUCGGCUUGCUCCCGAGGGGCAAGUUUCCUUUCUGCGUCUGCGCGUCGUACUACUCCAAUCUGCUCAUUCACUCUCGCUUGCUUUUUAUUAGCAAACCCAGUCGGAUAUAGCCAUGGUUUCCUUCAGCUGCGAGGUGAGCCUUUCCUCUGCAGUAUCCUGAUCUGUCCUCAUAUCCACACAUCGCUGUCCAUCUUGACGUGGUCGCUUUUUUUUUUUAACCUUACCUUGCGCUUCCCACAUGCCAACGCACACAUUCAUCUGCACGAAUACCCAACGAGCAGCCGUGCGUGCCCCAUGCAUACGCUCAUACGCUGCACAUUCUUCCGUACGCCAUUUGCAAUUUGACCACCGGAUCACUGACGACGAGUCACAAUUAGGCAUGCGGCGACGUUUUGACCAAGAAAAAGUUGGACCCUCAUAGGAGUCAUUGUCGACAAGCCCAAUUCACCUGCUUGGACUGCCAAACCACCUUCCACGGCGUUGGCUAUCGAGCCCACACGAGCUGCAUCAGCGAAGCGCAAAAGUAUCAGGGAAAGUUAUAUAGAGAGCCGAAAAAGAAAGGUGCCAACAGUGGCAACCCUGCCAACAACAGCACGCCCACAACACCCACCGCUAGUAAUAACGCAUCGAACGGCAAGCAGUCGCAGGCGCUUGUCCCUGCUGGAAGAAAUAUGGAAGGCCCUGUCCAGGAGGCCGACAAUCGUGUCGCACUGGUCGACGCACCGCCAAGGGCUCCGAGUCCACCGCCUAAGUUCAAUGUGUUUGACUUCAUGAUCCCCGCUGGCGAUACCCCGACCAAUUCCACGCAUCCUCUCGAAUCGCCACCUUCAAGCCCGUCGUCUUCUGAAGCGAGCACAGAUUCCUCGUCGGACGAGGACGAAGAGUCCGAUCCUGAUAGCAUGGACACCGACGAGAAUGACCCGGUUGUCGAUGCCGCAGAGGCUGCACGCGAGUAUAUGAAGCAAGAGCUGCUCAAGCAAGGCUACACAUUCGGUGGUGCCGAGCAGGUACGAUACGAGCACUUCCAAUCGUAUGCUCAGUUCCCACCCUCGCCAGCGGGUCAGUCCGGACAGUAUGAGACGCCCGCGCCGAAGCCGCAUCACAAUAGAAAUAUCUCGACGACGUCGGUGGACAGCACGACCAAGGAGUCGACAAAGAAGAGAAAGCGAGGCCAUCCGGAGGAGCUGGAUCUCUCUUCUGCUCGUGCGUACAAAGCCAACGGCGACGUUGUCAUGACAGAUGUUACCGCGCCUCUGCACUCCGGCCUCACGGGCGGUUUGAACAGGCUGCUCUCGCGCCCAGAGUUACCGCCAAGCCCUCCCGACGUCGACUCGCCGCAGAGCCCGCUCAAACGUUCCAAACAAGCCAGAAUUGAAGAUCGGCAGACGAAGGACAAGGACAAAAAGAGGGCAGAGAAGCUCAAGGAGAAGGAGGCCAAGAAGAGCAAAUCCAAGGAAGAAAAGAAGAAGGACAAGAAGGACAAGAAAAAUGUCAGCUCGUCUGUAGCUGUAAAGGAUCUCAAGAACGGGCAGUGGGUUCGUCGUCGCUCGCGGAAAGAUUCGUCGAUGCAACAGACGGAUCAACCAGCCUCGGAUCAGGAUGCCACUCCAACAGCGCGUAAGCAGCUCGCCAUCGAGUACAAACCAGACGGGGACGACAAGCUCAGGCCCACAUCCAAUAACGCUGUCGUUUUGCACAACAAGAAGUCUAUCGCCCGGGCUGAGGUCUUCCUGUCAGCGUCGGAGAAGGACCUGGACAGCGAGCGCGGAUGCUCUCUCAACAAGGCACUCAAGAGGUACUACCGCGACAACGGCCAGCGCAAGAACGCGAGGGAUGAGAAGGAGUUAUUCAAGACGUUGAGGAUGCGCAGAAACGACCGAGGCGAGCUUGUGCUCUUCAUUGACGGCUUUCAGUAGAGACUAAUGUUUGUAUUUCAUUCCAGCGUCUGCGUGCAUUUCCUCUCAUCGGCUUAUUUUCAAUCGUGGGAUCAGAAGGAAGUGGAGAUGUAUCAUACGCCUGGUGUACACAUUGAGAAGGAGAAUGGGACCAAGAAGGGAACACGAGCGAUCGGAAUCCCCCUUUUUAUUCGAUACCCAUGUGCGAGUAUGGGAGUCAAAACUCGACCAAGGCCAUUGGAUCCAGUAAUCUUUUUUAUCUUGACGCGACAAGUGGCCGAAAAUGAUACCCCCGGAGGAACCCAAAGGAACUCAGACUACACCCCGAUUAAAAGAUGCGGGGAGCGCAUAGACACACACACAAUCAUGACCACCACAGGCACCUAAUUAAAAAUCUCCUUUGCGGUUCUUUGGAUCUACUUAUGGAUCAGGAGUGAGACUGGAGCACUGGUAUAAAACACGUUUGUAUUCUUUGUCCGGGCUGGCCCCUACCAUGUAUCACGUUCGGUAGGCGCCCAGGAAUGUUUUUCUUUUUUUUCUUUUAUUUUCAUUGUCCUUUUCUAUUCUUCUUUUCUUUCGAGAGUUCAUUUGGCGUGGAGUGGGGGGGAGUGGUUUGGCUAUGUGGCAUUGGAAAUUUUUUUUUUCUUGUUCCUUUGUAAUGUGCGUUAUCAACCACAAAAUGCCACCCCAGCUACCACAAGAAUAAAAGAAGUCCUGGGGUGGUUGAAAGGGUUUGUAAUGUACCAUAUACGAAUUGUCAUGAUGAUGUCCUCUCAAAACUCUUUUUUGCGAACAAAAUUUUG